AUGAUGAAUCCACCGGUUGAUUUGCCUUAUAUUCCGGAUGACUUACUUUUGAACUGCUUAGCCCGAGUCUCGAGAUUGUACUACCCGAUUCUCUCCUUGGUUUCCAAGAGAUUCCGUUCUCUCGUGGCAUCGCUUGAGCUUUAUGAGAUCAGAAAGCUCUUAGGACACAGGGAGAAGUGUCUUUAUCUGAACUUACGUUUCAGUUCUGAAUCUGAGCCGCGUUGGUUCACUUUAUGCCGAAGACCAACUCGAAGCCCUAACCCUAAUUUCAACUCAGGAUGGUUCGCUUCUUGCUUUAUACCACACACUAUGAAGAAAGAGAAGAAGUCAAGUGACAACAAUCUCAUGGUCCCAGUCCCAACUUCCAAUUUUAUUACUCCUCCGUCUGAGUUGACUCGUAUCACCAAUGGUUCUAAUAUCUAUAUUGUUAGAGUAUUCACCAACGGUGCGUUCUCGUCUAGGUUCUUGUUCAUGGACUGUCGGUCUCACACCUUGCAUGAAGUUCCAAGAAUGGAUAAGACCAAAAAGAAACCCUUCAUGAUUAGGGUUCUUGAUGGGAAAAUAUAUGUAAUAGAAGGCUGCAAAAAUCCCGAUUACUCGAAUUUGAUCGAGCGUUUCGAUCUCAAAACCCAAACAUGGGAGCAUGUGCCAAGCCCUAGCGCGGAGAUACGUGGUAGUUAUAUAACAGGAAGUUUAGUCUAUGACGGAAAGCUUUACCUGUUUGGGGAUAAACGUGUGGUUUACAAGCCCAAAGAAAAUAAAUGGGAUGUGGUAGGAUUGGAGAUGCCUUUACGUUGGACUCCCUCUUAUAUAUCUUGCGUAGUAGAUAACGUAAUCUACUCUUACGGAAGAUCUAGAGUGCUCAUGUGGUACAACACAGAGGAAAGAUUGUGGAGAUAUUUGAAGGGUUUGAAAAAACUUCCUAAACUACCAAAGGAUUGUACUUGUGUUAGACUGUUGGGUUAUAGUGGAAAGGUUGUGGUUUUGUGGGAGAAGAAUGUGGGUGGUGGAGACCCUCAGAAGAAGAUGAUUUGGUGUGCUGAGAUUGCGCUUGAAAGGCGCAGUGCAAACAAGAUUUAUGGGAAGAUUGAGUGGUGUGAUGUUGUGCUUACAUUGCCCAGGUCAUGUUCUUUAUUGAAUUUUGCGGCUGUUACUGUUUGA